AUGUUGAGAAGAGACGCUACAACAAUCAAGUUAUCACCUGAAGAUAUCUUGGAAUAUGAUGAAUCAAUAGAACAACAAAAACAGAGACAACAGAAAAAUCAUCAACUGGUACAAGGUCACCAUAAUCCAUCAGAUUUCAUUCCAUGUAAUAUCCUUCAAGAACAAAUGAAUAACAGUAGUCAUGAUAUAAUGCCUGAUUAUAAAGAAGAAUCAAGUUCAAUACUGCAAAGAAGUCGUAACAAUCAACAGUCAUCAAGAGACGAAAGGAUCGGAAUAUAA